AUGGCAUAUCCCCCGGGUGGAACGUACUUUGACAAUGGCAAACGCUCCUUCGUCGACGUGCCCAUCGAUGCUAGCAAAGACAACGCCAUCUCCACCUCCGAAUUCCUCGAGGCCUCCGAGGCCCUGACCGGCCUGUUCGAUGUCUUGGGCAGCGCAGCCUUCAAGCCCGUCAAGAGUGACAUUACCGGCAAUAUCGCAAAAAUCCGCAACCGCCAACUCGCCGCCCCCCUCGAUUCCGAAACCCUGCAAUCCCUCGUGCGCAACGAACUCAAAACAAAGUCCCACACCGCCAGCGAGGGCCUCCUCUGGCUGACCCGCGGCCUCGACUUCACCGCCCAGGCCCUGCGCAAGAACCUCGACACCCCCGGCGAAGAACUCUCCUCCUCCUUCCGCGACGCUUACGGCAACACCCUGCGCCCCCACCACAGCUUUCUCAUCAAGCCCAUCUUCAGUGCCGCUAUGAGCGCCACCCCCUACCGCAAGGACUUUUACGCCAAGCUGGGCGAUGAUCAGGACAGGGUGAACAAGGAGCUGGACGCGUGGUUGAAGGGGCUGCAAUUCCGCGUCGAUAUCAUCAAGGAAUUUAUGGCGAGGAAAGAGGCGAAGUGGUAG